AUGGAUUAACAGGACAAUCAAGACAUACUUGAAGGAAAUGAUCAUUAGAAUGAGCAUCACCAUUCCAAUCAAUAAAAUUUAAAUUAUAGCAACGGAAUCGGAGUGAUGCAAUAUCCAUACAACCUAUAGAGAAUUACACCUAUGAAUGAUAACCAAAAUUUCUUCAUAGAUCCAAACUUAGAUCUUCCUCACCCAUUCAUCAAUUUUUAAGAUAAUUUAAGAAGAAUUACAACUAGAUAGCAAAGCUUCAGAGAGAUUAGAUAGAAUUUAGAGAGAUCUGCAUAAUAGGCAAAAGAGUACAAUGAAACAGAAUUUGAAAAAGUUAUGAAGAGAUCAAUCUAGUGUUCCAUACCAACUGCUAUAACUUCUGCAGUUUGGAUUGGAUUAGGAAUAAGUAACAGAGAUGCAUCCAAAAUAAUAAAAUACGAUUACAACUGUCAAACUCCAAUAUCAACAUGGCUUAUUGUGAUGGGCGUUACUUAUGGAUUAUAGUUUUUCUAUUUCAUUUUGCUAACAAUAAUCUUGUGCAUUAAAAAAGAAAAGGCAAAGCCAAUUGUUUAAUUUCUAAGUCUAGCUAAUUUGUGUUUUGUAAUUAAUUUCUAGGUAUCAUGGGUCAUUUACGGUAAUACAUUUCAUUAUACAGAAGACAGUGUGAAGUGCAGAAUUAAUGUUGAUGAUUUUAAGACUAUGUGGAUAUUAAUGAUGGUUUCGAUUGCGUUUGGAUAUAUUCUGCUCUUUGUAUAUGCCAUACUCGGAUGUUUUUGUAUUUUAUCAUGCUGUAUCCUUUGCAGUGGAUCUAGUGAUAGAGACUAGCCCUCAGAAUUCAUUGGUAAAAUACCAUAUCUAAAUGUAGUGAAAAGUCUUAACAAAAAAGACUUUAAGUAUAUUGAAGAGGUUAAUAAAAGCAUGAAUGAAUGUGCAAUAUGCCUAGCCAAGUUCUAAGAUGAUGAUAAAAUUACAGAGUUAAAUUGCGAUAAGAGACAUUACUUCCAUUCAUUAUGCAUUCAAUCUUGGAUGAAAUAGAAACUAGAGUGUCCCCUUUGUAAGAAAUAUGUAGGGGCAGUUAAAAGUUUCUGA